AAUGCCUGAUGUUAAUAGGGUCGCCAGGCUUGUCUCGAGACAUGGGGGCGGUAGCUGCUCCGUUUGGAAACACAAAUUUAGCCAAACACAAAUGGCAGCCCGAGUCCUUGUAAUUGGCAAUGGAGGAAGAGAGCAUGCACUGGCUUGGAAACUUGCACAGUCUAACCAUGUCCAGCAAGUGUUGGUUGCCCCAGGAAAUGCAGGCACUGCCUGUGACAUGAAGAUCUCAAACACUGCUGUCUCAGUAAAUGACCACGCUUCCCUGGCUCAGUUCUGCAAAGAUGAGAAGAUUGAUCUGGUGGUGGUUGGACCAGAGGCACCUCUGGCUGCUGGAAUUGUUGGGAAUCUGACCACUGCAGGAGUUCGAUGCUUUGGCCCUACAGCAGAAGCAGCUCAAUUAGAAUCCAGCAAAAAGUUUGCCAAAGAGUUUAUGGACCGACAUGGCAUCCCAACUGCACGGUGGAGAGCCUUCACCAGAGUGGAAGAUGCCUGCAACUUCGUUAUGAGCGCAGACUUCCCUGCUUUGGUUGUGAAGGCCAGUGGUCUUGCAGCUGGGAAAGGGGUGAUCGUUGCAAAGAGCAAAGAGGAGGCCUGCAAGGCAGUGCGGGAAAUUAUGCAGGACAAAGCCUUUGGAGCUGCUGGAGAAACGGUUGUCAUUGAAGAGCUGCUUACAGGAGAAGAGGUGUCUUGUCUGUGCUUCACCGAUGGGAGGACUGUGGCCCCCAUGCCCCCCGCCCAGGAUCAUAAGCGGCUGCUGGAGGGGGACCAGGGCCCCAACACUGGGGGCAUGGGAGCCUACUGCCCAGCUCCUCAGGUUCCUAAGAGUCUGUUACUAAUGAUUGAAAACAACAUCCUGCAGAGGACGGUGGAUGGAAUGCGUGAGGAGGCCAUGCCCUACACGGGUAUUCUCUAUGCUGGCAUAAUGCUGACCAAGGAUGGACCCAAAGUUCUGGAAUUUAAUUGUCGAUUUGGUGAUCCAGAGUGUCAAGUGAUCCUGCCACUUCUGCAGAGUGACCUGUAUGAAGUGAUCCAGUCCACCUUAGAUGGCCGGCUGGCCACAUCUCCACCCAUCUGGCUGGAAAACCGUGCCGCUCUCACUGUUGUCAUGGCAAGCAAAGGUUAUCCUGGAGACUACGCCAAGGGUGUGGAGAUCACAGGCCUCCAGGAAGCGCAUGCCUUGGGGCUGCAGGUGUUCCAGGCGGGCACCGCCCUCCAGGGUGCCAAGGUGGUAACGAACGGGGGGCGAGUCCUCGCUGUGACUUCCAUUCAGAAAGAUCUCAUCUCGGCCCAGCAGGAGGCCAGCAGAGGGUUGGCGACUGUGGCCUUCGAGGGAGCCGUUUACAGGAAGGACAUCGGUUCUCGCGCCAUAGCAUUCCUCCAACAGACCAGGGGCAUGACCUAUAAGGAUUCUGGUGUCGACAUUAUAGCUGGAAAUACGCUAAUCAAGAAAAUUCGUAAUUUUGCAAACAGAACCUCCAGACCAGGCUGUGAUGUGAAUCUCGGAGGCUUUGCCGGCCUCUGCGAUGUGAAAGCAGCUGGUUUCAAGGACCCUCUUCUGGUCAGUGGAACAGACGGUGUUGGAACUAAACUGAAGAUUGCCCAGUUGUGUAAUAAGCACGACACCAUUGGUCAAGAUUUGGUGGCUAUGUGCGUGAACGAUAUCCUGGCCCAAGGAGCAGAACCCCUCUUCUUCCUUGAUUACUUUUCCUGUGGAAAACUUGACCUCGGGACAGCUGAGGUUGUCAUCGCUGGAAUCGCUAAAGCGUGCGAAGAAGCUGGGUGUGCUCUGCUUGGCGGGGAAACAGCAGAAAUGCCUGACAUGUACCUGCCCGGAGAGUAUGACCUCGCGGGCUUUGCCGUGGGCGCCGUGGAGCGGAAUCAGCAGCUCCCGCGCCUGGACAGCAUCGCUGAGGGGGACGUCGUGGUCGGUGUCGCUUCGUCGGGCCUUCACAGCAACGGGUUCAGCCUGGUGAGGAAGAUCGUGGAGAGAUCUGCCCUCCAGUACUCCUCUCCAGCGCCUAGCGGUUGUGGGGCCCAGACCCUAGGGGACUUGCUACUGACGCCCACCAGAAUCUACAGCCGCUCCCUGUUACCUGUCCUAUGCUCCGGACGCGUCAAGGCCUUUGCCCAUAUCACCGGUGGGGGAUUGCUGGAAAACAUCCCCCGCGUCCUCCCUCAGGCACUAGGAGUACAGUUAGAUGCCCGGGCCUGGAAGAUCCCUGCGGUCUUCUCCUGGUUGCAGAGGGAAGGACGUAUCUCUGAAGAGGAGAUGGCCAGGACCUUUAAUUGUGGUAUCGGGGGCGCCCUCGUGGUGUCAGAGGACCAAGCAAAGCAGAUCAUUCAGGAGCUUGAGAAGCAGCAGGAAGAGGCCUGGGUGAUCGGCAAGGUGGUUGCCCGUCCUGAAGGUUCUCCUCCUGUGAUAGUCAAGCACCUGAUUGAAACCAUGAACAUGAACAGCACCGUAUCGGGAAACGGGGCCCCAGUGGCUAAUGGCAUCCUGAGACCUGACAAGGCCAGAGUGGCUGUCCUGAUCUCGGGGACAGGGUCAAACCUCCAAGCUCUCAUAGAGAGUACCCAGGAGCCAAGGAGCUCUGCAGAAAUCGUCGUGGUGAUCUCCAACAAAGCUGCCGUGGCCGGGCUAGAGAAAGCAGAAAGAGCCGGGAUUCCCACCCGAGUCGUUAGUCAUAAAUCCUAUAAAACCCGGGAAUUGUUUGACAGUGCGGUCGACCAGAUCCUUCAAGAAUUCUCUAUAGAUAUAGUCUGUCUUGCUGGAUUCAUGAGAAUUUUAUCCGGCCAAUUUGUCCAGAAAUGGAACGGAAAGUUGCUCAACAUCCACCCGUCCCUGCUCCCAUCUUUCAAGGGCUCAAAUGCCCAUGAGCAAGCGCUGGCAGCCGGAGUCACAGUCACCGGCUGUACGGUGCACUUUGUCGCGGAAGACGUUGAUGCCGGACAAAUCAUCUUACAAGAAGCUGUGCCCGUGGAGAGAGCGGACACAGUUGCGACACUGUCAGAAAGAGUGAAGCUAGCAGAGCAUAAAGUGUUCCCCGCAGCCCUGCAGCUGGUAGCCAGCGGGACGGUGCGGCUUGGGGACAACGGCAAAAUCUGCUGGAUGAAAGAGAAGCAAGCCGCCUAAUUCGGAGAAGGGGCUGGGAGGAAUCUUGCCUGUCGGCCUCAAGAACCUGGCCCCAGAGAGAAAGAGGCCAAAACAGAACGAAAGGCGCCAGAGAGAUAAGGCACCUGCAGGGCCUCCCACCAGCCCUGAUUCAAAUCCCCAACAUGUAGGUUCCCCCAAACACCACCAGGGCUCACUCCUGAGCACUGCCUGUUAUAUACACACACAAAGGGGCGGGGGGAUACAUAUUUGAACUCUAUAAAAUGACCUCCCCAGAAGAAAGGGUAGUUUAGGACUUAGGUUUGGUUUGAAUGUUUCAUCUUGGGGCCACACCCAGCAAUACCUGGCACUGUAUUCGCCCCUGACAAGGCUCAAGGGACUGUAUAUGGUGCUGGGAACCUGGGUCCGCCACAUUCAUGGCAAGCGCCCGCCCACUAUACCAUCUCUUCGGCCCAGGACUUGGUUUUAUGAAUUGUUGAGUUUCAGCUUUUCUAUGUCUAACUCCCUAGACAAGCAGUAGGGAAACUGGGAGCCAUCUGGUGUCUCCAUUACACUCUAAUCCUCAUAAAAGGUCACAUUUUGUAGCUUUCUACAAUUUUUUGUUUUUCCUGGCUUGGGGGCCACACCCCACAAUGCUCAGGGUUUACUCCUGGCAAUGCUCAUGGGACGAUAUGGGGUACCCGAGAUCAAAUCCUCAUAAAAGGUCACA